AAGCAUGCAACGUAAACUCAGACAAAGAAGUCACAGAAAACUCACAUGUGGAAUGCACCCAGAGCAUGGGAGAAAUGCUGAUUUCGUUACAUUAAGUUAACUAUAUUUAUACCGUUUUCUUUGUUUUCAUCAUGUCAUUUUUCUUAAAGAAUAAGGGUAACCCGAAGAUUUCCACGUCAAAAGAAAAGACAUACGGCCCGGGACGCAAGGGCGAUGGCGAGGCUGGCAAACGUCAAUCCAAACUUAGCAAACGCCUAAAUGAAGAAAUUUCCAGCGAUUCAGAGAAUGAAAGUGAUCAAGUGGUCAAAAAGCAACGCAAAGAUGGAGACGAGGAAAUCGAAGAGACUGCACAGGAGAAGAAACUACGCUUGGCCAAGUUGUAUCUUGAUCAACUAAGGGAAGAGGAGGAGAAGAAAGCUGAGGAGGAUGACUUCGAGUCAGACCUGAUUGCAGGAAGACUACAGGAUGACGUGUUGGAGCAGCGAGGGAAGCUGCAGCGACUGAUUGGCAAAGAAUUGGUCCCUCCGGAGGCGUCGGAGAUACAGCUCCUACGAGGUCACAAGCUGCCCGUCACCUGCCUGGUCAUCACUCCCGACGACAAGCACAUCUUCUCAGCUGCCAAAGAUUGCUCCAUCAUCAAAUGGGAAGUGGAGACGGGCAGGAAGGUCCACAAAGUGCCAGGAGGGAGGAAGGGUACGGAGGACAGGCACGUGGGCCACACGGCUCAUGUCCUCUGCAUGGCCAUCUCAUCCGAUGGCAAAUACCUGGCUACAGGAGACAUGAACAACUUGAUCAUGAUCUGGGAGGCAGCCACGUGUAAACACCUGUACGAAUUCACCGGUCACAGAGGCCCCGUCUCAGGGCUGGCAUUCAGGAGAGGUACCCACGAUCUGUACAGUGCCUCGCAUGAUCGCUCCAUCAAAGUGUGGAAUGCUGAUGAGAACGCCUACGUGGAGACUCUGUUUGGUCACCAGGAUGCCAUCACUGGUCUGGACUGUAUGAGUCGUGAGCGGUGUGUGACGGCGGGGGGUCGUGAUCGCACUGUACGCGUCUGGAAGAUCGCAGAGGAGUCCCAGCUGGUGUUCCACGGCCACGAGAGCUCCAUAGACUGCAUUCAGCUGAUUAAUGAGGAGCACAUGGUGACAGGAGGAGAUGAUGGCUCUGUGGCGGUGUGGACGGUGAAUAAGAAGAAGCCCCUGACGACGGUGAAGAUGGCCCACGGCAAGAGGGGCGAGCCCGGCCUGGAGCAGCCCUGCUGGGUCUCCUCUGUGGCCGCCAUGGUCAACUCCGACACGGUGGCUUCAGGUGCCUCAGGUUCCCAUAAUUCCAAGGUGCAGUUGUGGAAGUGCGGCCAAGGGUACAGAGGUUUAGAGCCCCUCUUCUCCAUCCCUUUGGUGGGUUUUGUGAACAGCUUAAAGUUUGCCAACUCCGGAAAGUUCCUCGUGGCAGGUGUUGGACAAGAACACAGGCUUGGCAGGUGGUGGAGACUAAAGGAAGCCAAAAAUGGACUGUACAUCAUACCUCUGAAAAGGAAAGAUCCGGAAGUACCGACGGCCACAGACGCGGCGGAGGAGGUGGAGCAGGAGGAACGUUGAGGGUCCGCCGUCGUCGUCGCCGCCGCCGCCACCACUGCUGCUUGUGUCAUAGCCUUCUUGUGUUUGUAUGUAUGAAUGAGGGAGUUCAUCACUUUUGAAGAACUGCGUUUUUUUGUUUAUUCAUCUGGUUUAUUUGCCUUUGUAAAUGAUGUGCAUUAUUUAGUCCCUUGAGGGGCUAAUUAAAUUCUAUGUUGAGAAA